AAAAGCAAGACAACAACAAUACUAUAUUGUACCAGGUCAAGAAAAAAACAUUGAAUUCUAAAAUUCCUCAAUUUAAUGGGAAACAUGAAGAAUUCAUUGACCAUUUUCUCCAUUUUGUGCCUCAUGGCCUACGUUACAGAAUGUCUCAGUAGAAGAGGAAACAAUAAUCCUCUUCGUGAAUUUCUGAUGACGAGGAAUUUAAGAAAGCAAUCCAACCAUCCUCUCCAUGCAGAGGACUAUUCAAAUGAUUCUACUUCGUCAUCGGUAUAUGUAGAAUCACAAAAGGGUAUGAAAGAAGCAGACAAAAUCUUAGCAUUGCUUGGACAACCGAGCGUAAAAUUUAGUCAAUAUUCAGGGUACGUUACCGUUGACCAUAAAGCUGGACGAGCAUUGUUCUAUUAUUUUGUCGAGGCCGCCGAGAACCCGACCAAAAAACCUCUAGUCUUGUGGCUAAAUGGAGGGCCCGGGUGCUCAUCAAUGGGGUAUGGAGCAAUGUCGGAGCUUGGACCAUUUCGGGUACAACCGGAUGGAAAAACAUUAUCGAUGAACAAGGAUUCAUGGAAUAACGUGGCAAAUGUCCUGUUUUUGGAAUCCCCAGCCGGUGUUGGAUUUUCGUACUCAAACAGAUCAUCGGAUUAUGUGACGGGUGAUAGAAGGACAGCUGCAGAUUCUUACACAUUCUUAGUAAAUUGGCUCCAGAGGUUUCCAGAAUAUAUAAACCGAGCCUUCUAUAUAACGGGUGAAAGUUAUGCGGGUCAUUAUGUGCCUCAGCUCGCCGAUAUAAUCCUCAGAAAGAAUAAAAUUCCGAACCCCAUUAUUAACCUUAAAGGAAUUGCGAUCGGGAAUGCAUAUAUCGACUCUGUAGAUACGAGCAUGGGAAGAUUGGAGUUCUACCACAGUCAUGCAAUUAUAUCUGAUGAAACUUACCAAGGCUUAAAAGAAAAUUGCGAUUACACUUCAGAUAAACCUGAUUCAGAGCUUUGUACAUUCUAUAGUAAACAAUGGCGUAAAGAGCAUGGCAACAUCGACCCUUAUAACAUUUAUGCACCAUUAUGCGGCUCGUCCCAACAAUUUUCAUCCAUAUCGAAUUUCGAUCCAUGCAACGAUGAUUACGUCUUCAAAUAUUUAAAUAAUCCCCAAGUGCAGAAGGCUCUUCACGCUAACACCACUCAUAUAUCUAGGCCCUGGGAUGGUUGCAAUUACGACAUUAAUGGUAAUUGGACUGACAGCCCCGACUCAGUGUUACCACUCAUCAAGAGCCUGAUGACUAGCGGCAUUAGAAUUUGGGUCUACAGGUGGGAGGAUAUGCAGUUGGAUGCCAAAAUGUGACGUUUGUAACCGUAAGAGGGGCGGGACAUCAAGUGCCGAGUUACCAGCCCGAACGCGCACUUGUUAUGUUUACAUCCUUCUUAAAGGGAAAAUUGCCUCCACGCGAAAAUGAUUCCCAAAUAUAGACUGCAUUUGAUGGUUAAGACUUGUAACACUUAUCUCAAUAAAUAAGCUAUCUAGCAAUAAAUAAAUGAAUUAUUAAUAUUAUUAU